AUGGAUGUGACGGCGUACAGCUCGCACAGCAAGAAGGUCAUUCGUCAGUUCUUGGCUGACGAGGGCGUCUCUUGGCCGCAGAGCGCGAGUUCCCCGUCUUCUGGAGUCAUCGCUUCGCCGCUCAGCAUAUUGAUCCGCUUCGCUGUCAAGUGGCAGCUGCCCCUGUGGUUCAACGUGCUCGUUUUCACCAAGUUGUCGGGAGGCCAUCGAGCAGUGCUGAUCGAGGACAAUCCGAAGAUGCGUGACUGGGCGGCCAUCCAUAAGCGGCUCGAUGCGACGAACUCUACUUUCCCGUACUGCAGUGGUCACUACGAGGCACUGUUACCACGAGACGACGCGAUACGAUGGAAGCGGGAUUCCCACUCGGAAUGUGACGAGGUGACCCGUAUCGAGAAGACCGUGUACCUUGAGCUCCUCGACAACCGUGAAGGCAAGGCAAAGACAGCUGCCAUGUUUCCUCUGGACAGCAUCGAAAACUACACUGCGGGCGCCUUCUUAUCGAGCGAGUGGCUUGAGAUGCUCAACAACCAUGCAUCGGUCACUGGCCAGCCCAGGUUCACAACAUCGGACCGUGUUGUCCUGAGGGACACUGGGCUACUUGCGGGUGUCGGCCGGCUCUGGGCGAACCACAGCAAAAAGAAACUACUGGGGGCGUUAUCCUGGCUUCUGGCGCAGAUACUGGGGCCCAUCGCGGACGCUGGGCUGCUUAUGUACAGGUACGACAGUGUCACCGCCGCCAACAUCAGGCGUGUUAAUUUCUGCGCCACCGAGGCUGAAGAGAUCUACCGGUUUUUUGUGAUCGCGCUUGCGACAGCGGUCAACUUUCCAGAGAGACUGCGCCUAAAGGUCAACUCGCAACUCAGCACGGUCCAGCAGACGGCCUUAGCACUGAUCGGAGCUCUCCCGUGGCUCGACAACGCCACCGAGGUCAACACUCAGAACAAGCUUUCGCGCGCCAGCACUCAGCUGUGGCCCGCCAAAGACCUCCUCACGGACGAGGCGCUCUCCAUAAUGUACUCCGGCUUUCCCGAGGGCAUGCACGCCGCGGGUGAAACGUUCGCCGACCUCUGGCUUCCCUCCAGACGAGCUCUGUACGAACUGCAGACGGACCUUGUCUACCACGACGCCGCAGCCGACAUGCCGCCCAACAUGCGCCUGCCUUUGGCCAAAUACGACUACCUGCGCAACACGGUUGGCAUCUCGAUCCAGGCACUGUCCGAGCCAAUGUACUACGCGCAGGGCACGAACGCCAUGUUCUACGGCGGCCUGGGCUUUGUGUACGCCCGCGAACUCGUCAAGACCAUGGACGGCGAGGGUGUGUUGUUCGACGCGGACGGCAAUGUAGGUCAUGAAUGGGUGUCAGAUGUCUGGAGAAUCACCGUGGUCGAACGAAUGUUCUGUCUGGCGGCUGACGACAGUGGCCAUAAAAGAGGAACCACAACAGCCGGAAACCAUCGCCUCUUUCCCGACACUCCGGCGCUGGAGGUGGCAUACGCGGCGCUGGAGCGGGCGCUCGCUUCGGAGCCGCGGUCCACGAGGGUCAUCGAGGCAUACACCGAGCAACAGCUCUUCUUCAUCACGCUUUGCUACCUCAUGUGUGGUGGCGCAAACCCGGGUGCCAUGGACUGCAACAGAGCCCUGCGCCACUUCCCGCCCUUCGCACGACACUUCAACUGCGCGCCGGGCAGCAAGAUGAGGGCCGCCAAGCAAUGCUCUUUCCUCUACACAGAGCACAACGGCGACGAGCACACAGCGAAAUGAACUGUAGUCGCUGGUGUUUGCGUGGUAUCGGUUGUGUUAUUCGUGGAAUAGUAUGUUGGACAAUGGAUAUUUUUUCGAACAUUCCGUAUAUAAUAUCACCCACUAAGCUAACGUCAAGCAACGAAAUGACGCUCGUUUUAUUUUUCCUUUGAGUAGCACUUCGUGUCACUUCGUGAGAGCGACGAACGAUGUGCAACUUGUAUUGACUCGAUCUUAUAUAUUGUUACAGAUGCUCUUAAGCCGUGGAUAACUGGCCCUAGAGAUCGCAUAAUUGUGGGUCAGUCACGGGAAUGCUUAACUGUGCUUUUUUUCUUUAUUUAUUGCGUUGCGCAACCUCGCAAUGAAACAUCUGACUUCAAUGUUACUUUUUGCAUCGAACAUUUCCACAUGCGAACCUCUACGCAACACUUCUGUUAGGAUUCGCCAAGUCGCCCAGGGUGAACAUGCAGUGCUGUUUAUUCUACAAAUUAUGUGUAUUCAGUACAGUGUCAAUACCGACAGUUGCAGCGACCGCUGAAAUGUGACGCAAAGCCACUGGACAUUGUGGAUUUCAUUUUUUUUUCUAUGAACGCCCAUGAAAGCGAAUGAACACACGGUGGCCCUUCAAUAUUAGCGCCUGUGAAAAGUUUUUUUUUCUUUGAGAAACCUUAAAUGCAGCUCCGGUUUUGAACCUUAAACUUUUAAGCCACUGUGUGGGACAACGCAGUAAUGUGCAACAUAACAAGUGUCUUGCCAGCAGGCUUUUCCGCAUGACAUAGUUGGAACGAACUGGGCCCCGUGCGUUUUCCAGUAAGCGCACUUUGAAGUGUACGUGUUUUGAACAGCCAUCGAAGUAUCAUUGUUCCAGCUCGCAGUAAAUCUUUAUUCGCAUAAGUGCCGCUGCCGAAACUUCCUCUAGUUUUUGUAAUCCCAUAGGAAAGGUUGACCGACUAUACAGAAGCUGAUAAUAGAAAAGGAACGUUUUUUAUCGUUAUUUUUUUUUUGUUUUACUCGCAGUAUCACUCUCGUCGACUCUCUGUUUACGAAGGAAUACCUCGCCGCAAUUAUUGGCUUCUCCAACGUCGUUCUUGAACUGUUUGCUUUUUAAGUAAUGACCAUGCACAUUGUGCUACAGUACGUAAAAGAGCAAGGCAGAAAGCUUGCAAAAAUGCCGAGCAACAUGUAGUGCUGCAGUGCGCUUGCUUGCUUAUCGUCUGCUCGUUAAACUACUUACUUUGUAAGUCUUGCAAAUUACUGCAACAAGUCGCGUCAUAAAGUUACAUUCGUUGUCUUCGUAGCCGGUGUGCCACUCGGUCCUCCGAUAUACACUCCGCCCUUGGCAAGAGGUUGCCGUUUCUGAGAAUCAAGAAGUCGCGGCACAUAUUCGCAGCCCGACAAAUCACUUUGCGUGUAUUCGUGGGCUUCUUUCACGCUCGAAAAAACACUUUUUAUGCAGCACGUACUGCGCAACGUAAAACUGUAUUUGGAGUUUUCUAUGUUGCUCUGCAUUUUUCUCAUUGACACUAACUAUAAUAUUUGAUAAGUUUUUUAAGAAUAAUUAAGUAAUUAGGCGGAAUGAAAAAAUUAUCUGAGUAACUCUAAGCGAUAUGAAAUACCAUUGUCUUGGUUCUGUCCAGCUACAUGGCAUUUGCACAUAUUUAAAUCUUGGGGCAUGAUAGUUGCGACACCCUGCAUGUAUAGAUCCUAGACUUCGAUGUAAUGAAACCGGAUCAGAUCAAUUAGGCUAGGUGACUACUUCUCGACGCCCCGUUUCUAAGGGGAUCUAAAUAGCAAUCAUCAUCAUCAGCACAGCAGCAGCAGCAGCUGCGCCUUCGCCAAAAUGGUCUUUUUUCGAUUGUAUUCCUAAACCAUGCGAAUGGACCAUUAACCGUGUCAUACGCUUAAAAGCACAUGCUUCUACAGUAAACAGGUUUGGAAACGCCGGAAUGAAGUCUACAUAUUUCUAUCCCACUGUUCACGUGCACCGUUUUCAAUACAAUUUUUGUCUGUAGCGUUGCACUGCUUGCAUGUUGGGGUGGAUGGAAAGGAAGGGGAGGGCGACUUACUCAUCGGAAUCCUGCAAACACGAGUCCAAACUGCUUAAACUAAAUGAAGGCGGACCAAUUUAUGAUAACGAUGCAAAACCUAUUCUCUUCCCUCCUCCCCCCUCUUUCCACCUUCAGUCGCAUGUAGCCACAAGCCCCUCAUUUCUUUAUUCUGACCCUGCACAUGAGGCGAGCCGGGUGCCACUCACGACGUCAUGCGUUCCGUCUGCAGCAGAAGGAAUAGCCGCGUAGAACAGAAACAAUGCACCAUGUGAAGCUCCUGAGAUGCUUUUUUUUUCAAUGCCAAAUGUUGGCGCCCUCGUUUCUAGAAGAAAAUACUUAACGCGUUCACAGAAUGAAAACAUGCAUAAGACCCUCCACAGUACUUAUUAUAGAAUAGUUGAAUGCAUCUUGCACAUUGGUACCAGGUCUCUCUUCACGAGGAGGAUGAGGAUGUCGCUGGUUGUAGACAGAUCUAGCCUUGCUGUACUUGCCUGCAAUUGUUCCGUCCCCGCGCCACCGGCCUUGCCGCAGAGUUUUAAAAAAAAUCCCUAAAAUCUAUAGGUGCGUUCCAUCCUCAUUCAAAGCGCCGUCACCUCGCGCUUCGCUACGGGUGCCCCUGUUUCAGGGAAAAGUCGUGAGAACUAAAUAUGCCCAAAACCGAAUAUGUAAUAAAGUUGAAAAUGCGAUGUGUUAUGAACGCAACUAUAGUUGCGAGCACCAAUCCUCCGAAUGCCCUUGUGGCUAUAUGUCUCUCAAUUUUGUACGUAGUUUCAGCCACCGUUUGUGUAUUGUCACUGUGCAUAUAUAUUGACGCGUGAAUGAAACUUGUGAAAGAAAGGCACAUUGCUUUAUGAAAACGAACUGCGUUCCUUCCACAACUCGUUCGAAAUGACUACUUUAGUCAAGCGAUCACGACAACAAACCAUUGCAUUUUGAGAUAUACCGUUUGGGAAAUCUAUCUAUGCUUCGGUCACACGCUUCUCAAGAAGUCUCCUCUGCGUAACCUUAAGAGGAAGCCUUAGCUCGGGCCCAACUCCGACGCGGCUUAUUCAAAUACAUGUAAAACUCAGAAACGCUUUUCUUAGAUAACCCCUGGACCGACAUUAAUGAAAUUUGUUGUAUUUGAGAAAGUUAAAUUCGAGCGACUGUUGGAAGUGGAAUUUCGAUUUAGGGCAUACAUUUUGUUAAGAGAAUUUUUAAAUUCGGAAGUGCAAAAAAACAAGCAAAAGUUUACAAAUUAAUAGCUCUCCAUCAAGAGCAGAUAUCGCGGUUCUGUAAACGGCAUCUAUUAGAUCAUUCAAAGCGUACAAAUUCUGCAUGCCAAGUUAUAUCUUACAUGAAUUUGUUACGUAGUGCACAAGGGUUCUGAGAAAGCUGUAUUUCCAUAUUAUCAAUUUCUUUUUCAGAUUCAUGUGUAACAUAUCAAUAUUUUCCGCUCUACGUGUACUAUGAGAUACAAUUCACAGAAUUGUGAUAUUGUUUUUCAUUGCUGAGUUACAGAGUGUCAAACUUGGUAGUUUCGUUUUCUGAAAAUUUCCGAUUUUGCCCAUAUUUAUUAAGAAAUUGACAAACUAAAUCGAAAAUUCGAAACAAACAGUCACUAUAUUUUAAGUCUUUCUUUUAAGUGCAACAAACCUCGUCAAAUUUGGUGCAGUGGCUGCCGAGAAAAACGAAUUCUCCUUUUACAUGUAUUUAGAUAGGAGCACCCGAGCUAAAGCUUCCCCUUAAACGCAACCCUAUACGAACAUCAAUGACGAAAACAACGGUUUCAAGUAUUGGUGCACUAUUAACUACUUUUGGAGAUGGCUGCAUAUUUCUUUCACAGUGUGUCGAACCUGCCUUUCGCCUUUGAUAUUCACAAGAAUUGCAUUUAAAUCAUCUUACACGUUAUCAGCUGGUCCAACUGCAUCCGCGUUUUCGCAUCGAUGUCCAAAGAAACAGGUGUUCGGCUCACGACGACUUUUUGUUUUCCUUCUUCAGCACCCGUCUUUACAAGUAUAUCGUCGUUGCCAUCACCCCGUUUUUCGACAUGAUUGGUGUGCACCCGCACGUACGUAUACGAGCCCUUUCCACGUAUACGAAAUGCUUUGUGAAUGCGGAAUCGGAAGACACAUGAUGUACGAUUCGCGGACAAGGUAUACGUUGCCCGCCGCAUGUUACUACGAAAUAUGCGAUAU